AUGGUCAACUCCUGUUGUGGCUCCGUCUGCUCUGACCAGGGCUGUGGCCAGGAGACCUGCUGCCGCCCCAGCUGCUGUGGUUCCAGUUGCUGUGGCUCCAGCUACUGCCAGCCUUGCUGCCGCCCCACCUGCUGCCAGACCACUUGCUGCCGGACCACCUGCUGCCGCCCCAGCUGCUGUGGCUCCAGCUGCUGCAGACCCAGCUGCUGCAUUUCUAGCUGCUGCCGUCCCUCUUGCUGUGGUUCCAGCAGCUGUGGCUCCAGCUGCUGCCAGCCUUGCUGCCGCCCCAGCUGCUGCCAGACCACUUGCUGCCGGACCACCUGCUGCCGCCCCACCUGCUGUGUGUCCAGCUGCUGCCGGCCUUGCUGCCGCCCCUCCUGCUGUGGCUCCAGCUGCUGCCAGCCUUGCUGCCGCCCCACCGGCUGCCAGACCACCUGCUGCAGGACCACCUGCUGUCGCCCCACCUGCUGUGUGUCCAGCUGCUGCCGCCCCAGCUGUUGCUAGACUCCUACCUGCUGCCGCCCCAGCUGCUGCCAGACCACCUGCUGCAGGACCACCUGCUGCCGCCCCACCUGCUGUGGCUCCAGCUGCUGCAGGCCCAGCUGCUGCAUCUCUAGCUGCUGCCGCCCCAGCUGCUGUGGCUCCAGCUGCUGCCAGCCUUGCUGCCGCCCCUCCUGCUGCCAGACCACCUGCUGUAGGACCACUCGCUGCCGCCCCACCUGCUGUGUGUCCAGCUGUUGCCAGCCCAGCUGUUGCUAGAUAUCCUGCUGCCUCCCCACCUACUCUAGUGGCUCUUGCUGCNNNNCCACCUGCUGUGUGUCCAGCUGCUGUCGCCCCUCGUGCUGUGGCUCUGGCUGCUGCCAGCCUUGCUGCCGCCCCAGCUGCUGCCAGACCACCUGCUGCAGGACCACCUGCUGCCGCCCCAGCUGCUGUGGCUCCAGCUGCUGCAGGCCCAGUUGCUGCAUCUCUAGCUGCUGCCGCCCCAGCUGCUGUGGCUCCAGCUGCUGCCAGCCUUGCUGCCGCCCCAGCUGCUGCCAGACCACCUGCUGCAGGACCACCUGCUGCCGCCCCAGCUGCUGUGGCUCCAGCUGCUGCCAGCCUUGCUGCCGCCCCACCUGCUGUGGCCUCAGCUGCUGUGGUUCCAGCUGCUGCCAGCCUUGCUGCCGCCCCUCCUGCUGCCAGACUACCUGCUACCGUCCCACCUGCUGUGUGUCCAGCUGCUGCCAGCCUUGCUGCCGUCCCUGCUGCUGCCUUUCUAGUUGCUGUCGCCCCUCCUGCUGUGGUUCCAGCUUCUGUGGCUCCAGCUGCUGCCAGCCUUGCUGCCGCCCCUCCUGCUGCCAGACCACCUGCUGCAGGACCACUUGCUGCCGCCCCACCUGCUGUGUGUCCAGCUGCUGCCGCCCCAGCUGUUGCUAG